GCGUGUUUGCACCGUACUACGCCAAUACUACGCUUGCCAGUUCUGAACGUUCGACGUUCGACGUUCAACUCGUAUUUUUCGUUGCGUAUCCUGGAAAGUAUGUCUACGCGUCUCAUCUCACCUACGGCAGGCGCGGAUCUUGGACGCCCUGGAACAAUGGCACGAUACACAUAUACCUACAAGACUGUGGACGAGAUUCACUUGUUGAUGGACGUAUAUCUCCCUCGCGUAUCAUCUAGCAAAAGUCAACAACACGCCACUCAAGCUUCGCCGCAUGGCGAGCCACCAAUUGUGAUCUAUUUCCAUGGCGGUGGGCUGACUGUAGGGAACAAGGAUAGCUGGUUUCCCCACUGGCUUCACGGGCGAUUGACAGCUGCAGGAUGCGCCUUUGCAUCUGUCGAAUAUCGCCUUUUACCCCCUUCUACGGGCCACGACAUCCUAGUAGACGUCAAGGAUGCCUUCCACUUCGUAUCCCACGAACUAAACGUCAAGCUCCUGCAAAGCCAAGGCGAUGAUAGUAGCGAGCCUGCUCAAGCAAGGCCUCGGGUUGACAUAGGGCGUAUCGCCGUUUGUGGAACAAGUUCGGGGGGAUUGUGCGCGUACCUCGCUGCGAUGCACGCUUCACCAAGACCGACGGCUUUGCUCUCUAUGUAUGGUAUGGGUGGUCAUAUGCUGACGCCUCACUACCUCAUGCCGAAGUCAGAGGUUUUCUUCCGCGGGCGAGAGCUGCUCGAUCCAGCACGCUUCAAUGAAUACCUUUAUCCCCACUGUCGGAAUCUCCUUGUGACCAUCAAUUCUCCUCUGGCAUACCAUCCGGCUACCUCACCAACUCCGGGGUAUCCUGCUAAUCCGCGUAUGCAGCUCGCGCGAUUAUACUUCCAGCUUGGUACCUACCUCGACUACUAUACGGGUCACCAUGAACCGAGCCUCAGCGCCAUCGUACGGGAAGCCUUCAGCGCUGCCUCAGAUCCCGGGCGAGCCGUUGAAGUUGAUGUGCUAAGCACCCUUAUUCCAACUGAUUCCCUCCCCUUGUUCCCGCAAGCAUUCUUGUCGGGAUCGAAGGCGGGAUCUUGGCCUGCGACGUUCCUGGUACAUGGCACGGCAGAUACGGCCGUCCACGCGGACGAGUCUCGCAGCCUUGACCUGCUGCUGCAGCGCGCGGGCGUGGAAGUCACUCUCCGAUUGGUGGAGGGGAAAGAGCACUCCUUCGACUACGCGGACGACGCCGAAGACACAUUCGGCGGAAAGGGGGGCCUGUACGAUGAAGCCGCCGAUUUCCUCUGUCGCCAUCUGGGGAUAUCGCUCUGAGGAAGGGCACUGUGCUCGUCAGAAUGCGAAGCUCGGCAUCAGCUGUGUUAGGUACUAAUGACUGCUCUUAUUUGUACUUCAGCGGAAGCUACUAUUGCCCAAAUAACCGUCUUGACGCGCAAUCUACGCGCGAAACU